GAUUGACUAUGGUCUCUCCGGCAACCAGGUAGGGGCUGGGGAAGAAGGAACCUCCGAGAUGAGGCGAUAGGGUCUGACCUUGAGCUGAGGCGACGCCCCGGCCUGGGUGAGGGGAAGCGGUGUAGUGGUCGAGCUAAGGCUGCUGGCCCUGGGCGGCUUCCGGAUCCCCGCGACGCCGAACUCUGAAGGAAGACUCAGCUCAGGCGCUGGGACCAGGGCCCUGGCUCCGGCGAGUGCGUGGCGGGGAAACCCACCUGUCGCCGAGGUGUCUUGAGUCCAGUUUCCGCUGCUGGGAAUGGGUGUCGCGCCGGGCGCUGUGUGUGAAAGGCCUCUGCGCCCACAGGGCUCCUGGCUUCAGCCUGUUUAUUCCCGCAUUUCUGCGCGACGUAGGGGAGGCUCCGCAGCGUCUGCGAGUGGCAGGACCGAGGGUUGAGCGCUGGGGGCCAGUGGCACCUUAGCCAGUGACGGCGAGUUAGGACUAGCAAAGAAAGUCCGGUUUUUCGGAAGGCAGGAGGAAGAGUCUGCCGAAGGUGAAGGCCAUGGACUUCAUCACCUCCACAGCCAUCCUGCCCCUGCUGUUCGGCUGCCUGGGCGUCUUCGGCCUCUUCCGGCUGCUGCAGUGGGUGCGCGGGAAGGCCUACCUGCGGAAUGCUGUGGUGGUGAUCACAGGCGCCACCUCAGGGCUGGGCAAAGAAUGUGCAAAAGUCUUCUAUGCUGCGGGUGCUAAGCUGGUGCUCUGUGGCCGGAAUGGUGGGGCCCUAGAAGAGCUCAUCAGAGAACUCACCGCUUCUCAUGCCACCAAGGUGCAGACACACAAGCCUUACUUGGUGACCUUCGACCUCACAGACUCUGGGGCCAUAGUUGCAGCAGCAGCUGAGAUCCUGCAGUGCUUUGGCUAUGUCGACAUACUUGUCAACAAUGCUGGGAUCAGCUACCGUGGUACCAUCAUGGACACCACAGUGGAUGUGGACAAGAGGGUCAUGGAGACAAACUACUUUGGCCCAGUUGCUCUAACGAAAGCACUCCUGCCCUCCAUGAUCAAGAGGAGGCAAGGCCACAUUGUCGCCAUCAGCAGCAUCCAGGGCAAGAUCAGCAUUCCUUUUCGAUCAGCAUAUGCAGCCUCCAAGCACGCAACCCAGGCUUUCUUUGACUGUCUGCGUGCCGAGAUGGAACAGUAUGAAAUUGAGGUGACCGUCAUCAGCCCCGGCUACAUCCACACCAACCUCUCUGUAAAUGCCAUCACCGCGGAUGGAUCUAGGUAUGGAGUUAUGGACACCACCACAGCCCAGGGCCGAAGCCCUGUGGAGGUGGCCCAGGAUGUUCUUGCUGCUGUGGGGAAGAAGAAGAAAGAUGUGAUCCUGGCUGACUUACUGCCUUUCUUGGCUGUUUAUCUUCGAACUCUGGCUCCUGGGCUCUUCUUCAGCCUCAUGGCCUCCAGGGCCAGAAAAGAGCGGAAAUCCAAGAACUCCUAGUACUCUGACCAGCCAGAGCCAGGGCAGAGAAGCAGCACUCUUAGGCUUGCUUACUCUACAAGGGACAGUUGCAUUUGUUGAGGCUUUAAUGGAGAUUUGUCUCACAAGUGGGAAAGACUGAAGAAACACAUUUCGUGCAGAUCUGCUGGCAGAGGGCCAUCAAAAACGACAACAAGCUUCUUCCCAGGGUGAGGGGAAACACUUAAGGAAUAAAUAUGGAGCUGGGGUUUACCGCUAAAAACUAGAAAUAAACAUCUCAAACAGUAA